GUGGUCGGGGAACGUCCAGCCUCGGGCAGUGACGAGAACGAUGCGGACUAUUCCAUGGACUCCAGUCCACGAUAUCAUCGUAACACGACCACCGGGCCGAACACCGCGCCCGGUUCCGUCAAAGAUUUCCAAGACCGCAACAGUUACUCUUCCCUUCUGAACAACUUACGUGUGUGUGGAAAUGAAAUUUUGCGUGAUCUGGGAGGAAGUAUUAGUGGCCCGGAAGACGAAUGUGAGAAACCGGCCACUGCCGGAUCCGAGUUGACUACAGCCGCCUACAACAAUUUUGUUCGUCGCAUUGUUGACGACACGUUGGAUCGAACAAUCACCUUCUGCGAACAACCCAGACACGCAAUCACUGCGCUUGAAUCUAUCUGCGCCAAAGCAUGGCCACGGAUGGAAAUGAAGCGACAUCGGAAUCGAAUUCGGGCCUAUCUGAAAGCGUGCAGGAGAAAUUCAAAAAAGAACAAAGGACAGAUCAACAUGAAAGAAGCACCUAUGAAUGGCCUGUCAAUCGAGGCUCGGCAACUCGUGUCCAACGCACUCAGUUUGGUGGCCGACGAUGUUGACCAACUAAAGCGGGUAGGUUACCCAAUUUGA